AUCUGAAAAUAUAGAAAGCACUCGCCAUCCCCUCAAUUUUUUUUAAAAAAAUCACCAAAAAGGCUUGUGCCAAACCGUAUCUAGCAACAUCGGAGGCGGUAUUACGAACAGCAAAGUGUAUUCCGUGCAGCAGUUGUAUUGAAUGGUUUUACAUGAUGGAUUCUCGCUGGAUUGACACUUAAAUCAAAAUAAUAUAAUUCAUGCUUCCUUUUUUUGUUAAACACGACAUCACGGUAAGUUCAGUUUAAUAUUUUUCUGCUUUUAUUGAUUAUUUUACCACAGAAUUAGUAGGUUUUACAUCUUACAAAAUGUAAAACGAAAACACUCUUAUGUAUGGUUUUCAUUAGAUUUAGUUGUUGCUAAACAUUUAUUUAUGCAUAUGUUUUAACACGGUUCCCUCAGGGCACCAUCUAGUUCUUCCAUUGGGACGCGGUGUUCUAUCGAUAAUGAGGUGCAUGUGGUUUCUUCGUCAAUCCUAAGAUCUGCCUAUUAAUUCUCUUGGGGAUGCUUAUUGGGAUAGGAGUAGAGUUUAUGUGUGCACGUUCAUAAGGAAGAGUGUAUAUAUAUGUAGUUAAGCACCUGUGGUUGUAAGGUGUUUCUAACAAGAGAGGAGAAAGUAUUUCAUAAACUUGAUUUUUCUGGACAUAUUACGAAUUCGAUGGAUGACUCCUGAUCAGUGUGCACUGGUACCACACAUUUUCAGGCCCGCGAGUCAGGGACAUCAACGUCCAGUAUAAAAUCAGUGGAGAACCGGACCAAUAGCUAGCUACCCGCGGCAACUCAAGCUAAUAAGCGCGAAGGGUACGCAGGAAGUUAGAGAAUAGUGAAAGAAGUGAUUUGAAGUAUGCUUCCUUACUCGACGGCUGCCGAGGCGGAGGCUGCGCUUGGGCGGGCCAUGUCCUACGCAGAGGGUGCGUGGUUUCGGUACUCGGCAGGGAUGCCGGAUUACUACCUGUACUGCCACAUCGUCCCCAUGCUCCUGCUCAUCUACACGCUGUCGUCGGUCCCCCUCGCGCUUUUCGAGCUGGGCGCGCCAUCCAUGGCUCUGCGAUACAAGCUGCAGCCCCGGGUGCAGCUCUCGCCGGCCGCCUUUCUCCGGUGCUACAUGGACACCAUGCGCAUCUUGCUCGUCACCAUUGCCCCGCUCCAUCUCGUCUCCUAUCCUGCCGUCAAGAUGGCGGGCAUCAGGACGGGGCUUCCAUUGCCGUCCGUGGGGGAGACAGUGGCGCAGCUGGUGGUCUACUUGCUUGUGGAUGACUAUCUCGGCUACUGGAUCCACCGUCUGCUGCACACCAAGUGGGGAUAUGACAACAUCCACCGCGUCCACCAUGAGUACACGGCGCCAAUCGCCUUCGCCGCGCCGUACGGGCACUGGUCCGAUGUGCUCAUCCUUGGAGCACCCUCCCUUGUCGGCCCGUCCAUUGUGCCAUGUCACAUAACAACCCUCUGGCUCUGGUUGGUAAUACGCCAGAUAGAGGCCAUCGACACCCACAGUGGGUUUAAGUUCCCGUUCAAUCCGACAAACUAUAUCCCGUUCUAUGGAGGAGCAGAAUACCACGACUACCAUCACUUUGUUGGAGAGCACAGUCAGAGCAACUUCUCAUCCCUUUUCACCUUCUGUGAUUAUUUGCAUGGAACGGAUAAAGGAUACAGGUACCACAUGGCAAACUUAGUGAAGAGUACUAUGAAGAUGAAGGGGGUGGCUACGGCUACUAUGGCGACCCCAAGGAGUGAGGCCAAAUGAAUCACAUCGACUAUCUAUGCUUGAGAUGGAGUUGUUGUGCAUUGUUACUUUAUGCUGCUUUUAUGAAUGUAAUAAAAGUCACUAGACAUUUUAAAAUGUAUGCCUUGUGACAAGAAUAAUCAAACUUUGUAAUAUCUUUCUUGCA